AUGAAAGUAUCUGCGCUGAUCGGCUCUAUUGCCCUGGGCUUCGUGCCCGGUACCGUUGCUGCUCCUCCUAAUGGGUUCGAUACAAAAGAUCUCUCUAUGGAAGUCGCGCGCCGUGCACUUCCGAAUGCACCGAAUGGAUACACUCCGACCAACGUGAGCUGUCCGGCGUCGCGGCCGUCGGUGCGUAGCGCCGCCAAACUCUCGACCAAUGAGACCUCCUGGCUUGAGACUCGUCGCACCAAGUCACUGGCUGCGAUGAAGGAUUUCUUCGGUCAUGUCAAGGUCGGCGAUUAUGAUGUCACCUCGUAUUUGGACACGCACUCCAGCAACUCGUCGAACCUGCCGAAUAUCGGUAUUGCAAUGUCCGGUGGCGGUUACCGUGCAAUGCUCAACGGCGCCGGUGCGAUCAAGGCGUUUGACAGCCGAACGGAAAAUGCCACUACCAGUGGUCACCUGGGUGGUUUGCUGCAGUCGUCUACGUAUGUCUCUGGUCUUUCUGGAGGUAGCUGGCUCGUGGGAUCCAUCUAUAUCAACAACUUUACCACUAUCAGUGCGCUGCAGCAGAGUAGUAACAUCUGGCAGUUGUCUAACUCCAUUAUCGAGGGCCCUGACACCGGCGGCCUCCAGAUUCUGGACACAGCAAGCUACUAUAAAGAUCUAGCGGACUGGGUGAACGACAAGAAGGAUGCCGGAUUCAACACCUCUAUCACUGAUAUCUGGGGCCGUGCGCUUGCCAUCCAGAUGUUUAAUGCCAGCUACGGUGGUCUUGACUACACGUGGUCGUCCAUUGCGCAAACGACUGAGUUCCAAAAUGGAAACUACCCCAUGCCUGUGGUCGUUGCAGACGGCCGGAACCCGGGCGAACUGGUCAUCGGCAGCAACUCGACUGUGUACGAAUUCAACCCGUGGGAAUUUGGUAGCUUCGACCCAACUAUCUUCGGUUUUGCUCCUCUGGAGUACAUCGGCUCUCGUUUUGUGAACGGCGAGAUCCCUAGCGGCGAUAGCUGCGUUCGUGGCUUCGACAGCGCUGGUUUCAUUAUCGGAACAUCUUCCACCCUUUUCAAUCAGUUCCUGCUACAGAUUAACACUACCUCUCUCCCCACCUUCGUCAAGAACGUCUUCAACGAUAUUCUCUUCGACAUCGACCAAGCCAGCGAUGACAUCGCUGCCUACGACCCCAACCCCUUCUACCACUAUCACAACGAGACGUCCCCAUAUGCCCAACAGGAAGUCCUUGAUGUCGUCGAUGGUGGUGAAGAUCUCCAGAACAUUCCCCUUCAUCCACUCAUUCAACCGGAGCGUGCCGUCGACGUGAUCUUCGCCAUCGACUCCUCCGCCGACACAACCUACUCUUGGCCCAACGGCACCUCCCUCGUCGCCACCUACGAGCGCAGUCUGAACAGCAGCGGCAUCGGCAACGGCACCGCCUUCCCUUCGAUCCCUGACCAAAACACCUUCGUCAACCUAGGCCUCAACACCCGUCCCACCUUCUUUGGCUGCGACACCUCAAACCUCACGGGCCCCACCCCCCUUGUUGUCUAUAUUCCCAACUAUCCUUACUCUUCCUUCUCCAACGUCUCAACCUUCGACCUAAGCUACGAAAACUCUCAGCGCGACGACAUCAUCCUGAAUGGCUACGAAGUCGCCACCAUGGCCAACUCUACCCGUGAUGGGAACUGGACCGCGUGUGUGGGAUGUGCUAUUCUCAGUCGUUCGUUCGAGCGCACGAAAACUACCCUCCCCGACAUUUGCACCCAGUGCUUUACCAAUUACUGCUGGAAUGGUACUCUCAACUCGACAUCGCCGAAUGCUUUUGAGCCUGUUACCCUCGUGACCAACAGUGAUAGUGGCGCUUCGGGUAUUGUGCCGACUGUUCUUUCUACCGCUGCUGCUGUUUCGGUGGCACUCUUCACUUUGGUUUAG